AUGAAACUGACGUGUGCGUUAUUCGUCCUGCUUGCAGUGGCAACUGGUCCCAUAAACCACGAGCACUAUGGCGAAGCUGCUGCAGCUGGUCCCAUAAACCACGCGUACUAUGGCGAAGCUGCUGCAGCUGGUCCCAUAAACCACGAAUACAAUGGCGAAGCUGCUGCAGCUGGAGGAGCACACACAAUAAAGAAGCUGGACGAACAAACUGAAGGUGCGUUUAUAAGAUUCUUCUCCCCCAAAUCAUGUAUUACCCUCCCAGGAGAAGAAAAAUGUAAAGAUGUACAAGGGGAGAAUAAUCAGGGAUACGACAUUAAGGUCACAUACAACGAAAAAGAGGAGUAUAUCAAGCGUGGUGACAACAGGUGUGUAAAUCUCAACAUUAACGAUGGAUCCCCUCCAAGUAAAGAUGGACCUUCAAAUAUUUUUAUUAACCUCUCUUUCGUUCCCAACAUUCCGGAAGAAGUAAUAAAUGACUUUUAUUCCAUCAUCAAAAAGUUGAAGCACAUGUUUGAAAUUGUGGAACCUCAGGAGAAUAGUGUACAGCCGGAGCGAAUAGGUGGCGGAACAGAGAGCGCAUAG